AUGUUGGACCGCUUGACCAGUGACGAAGAUGAGAUAAAGAGCGAACUGGGACGUUACCGCGUUGUGUCUGCGUCAAGUCAACAGUUUACUGGAGCAACGGGUCGCAUUUGCGAACUGCGUGGCAGCGUCCCGGAAGCACCUCCUACAAAUCCACCGAAUCCUCAAAAGACGAAUGGUAUCAAUCAGGGAUACAAAUUGCAAGCCUGGGUCGACAGCAAUUUUACAGAAGCGACUGAAUACAAAUCGAUGACUGUGCCGCCGAGUUUAUUCGAUCCGCUCGCCGAGCAGAACGCCAUUAUGACAGUUACAGUACCUGAAGAAGUGGAGAAUUUACAAUUUAAAGAUAUCAGUGAUCGUGCGCUAACGGUUAAGUGGAGUCCCCCUAAAGAGACGAACGGAAUAUUGACACAUUAUCAACUGAAAUACAUGAUUAAAGACAUUCCGGAUUCUUUGCGCGUCGAAAACUUUACAGCCGAUAUGUUAUUAACCAAAGUGGAGCAUCUUCAGGCACUAACCCACUACAAAUUUCAAGUAACCGCUUGGACGUUGGUUGGAUCCGGCAAACCAAAAGUGGCGACCAUACAGUCAGGCGUCGAACCGGUGCUACCGGAACCUCCUACGAAGCUAGCAUUAUCCAACAUGGAUGCAUUUUCCAUUGUGUUACAGUUCACGCCAGGAUUCGACGGAAACUCAUCCAUCAUAAAGUGGACAGUGCAGGUUGGUCAAUUUACAGUCAAUGCUCCCUUUGUAAAAGUUGAAGAUUAUCAUUUGUUACAUUUUUCGUAUAUAAUCAAAUUCCGCUCAAGUACAAACUCUGCCUGCAG